AUGUCGUUGUUCGUCGGUCGCUUGCCUACUCAUAAUUUCGAUGAUAGAGAUUUAGAGGACAUUUUUUACAAGUAUGGUAGAAUCAUCAAUUGCCAAUUAAAGAGAGGAACUCGUUUCGCAUUUGGCUUUAUUGAAUUCGAGGACCCUGAAGACGCCUAUGAUGCUAUCAGAGAUACGGAUGGUCUUGACAUUGAUGGCACUCGCAUUGUCGUGGAGAAGGCAAAGGGAACCCCCCACAAGCAUAGUGGUCCAGGCUGUUACAAUUGUGGCGAGGAAGGUCAUUACGCUCGUGAUUGUAGAAGAGGUGGAAGACCCGAUUAUCGCAGAGGUAGUAGAGAUGACAGAUACAGAUCUCGUAGCCGUAGCCCAGAUAGAUACAGUUCUCGUCACAGAGAUCAUUACAGACGGGGCCGCAGCUACUCCCGCUCUCCAUCUCCUUACGAUGACCGUCGUGGUCGUAGCUAUUCUCGUUCUCCUCGACCUGCUGCUCCCAGAGGAUAUAGCCGUAGCCCACCACCUAGAGACCUUUCUCCUCGCAGAGAUUAUAGCCGUUCUCCCCCUCCACCAUCACAACAAGAGCCAACUUCUUACCCAUCAGAGGAUCGUAUGCAACCUGAAGAUGAAAAGAGAGAUUGA